UAGGCAAGCUUAAUGCCUUUGCAAACAGAGAGCGCGCAGCGGCCGCUUCUCGGAGGCAGCUGGCGGAGGCAGCCGGAGAACAAACCGCCCAGAUCGCGCUAGAAAUGUCUACGGCCGCGGACUUCCUUGCCUGCCCUUCCCGAAGCGCUCGCUUCCUCCGCCUUUAAAAGUUCUACUUUCUCGCCCUUCCGCCCACCUUCGGCCCCAGCAGCCCCGCCAUCGCGAGGUGGGGGAGGCGGCGCGGCUGGAGGAGGAUCGGCGAGAGAAAGUUGCGGCAACUUUGCGGCGGAGGCUGAGACAGGACGGCGGAGAGAGGAGCGGCGAUUCCUUCUUGGCGGCCGAGACGAUCGCUCUCCCCCCCCCCCUUUGCGGGCAGCGAAGCAGCGGCCGGUGCCCGGGAGAAUCCCGCGGGGAAUCCGGAAGGAAAAGCGGGGAGCAGGCGGAGGGGAGGAGCGCCCGGCUUCCUCGGCGGAUUCCCAGGGCAACUCGGCCAUGGCAGGCGGGGAAGGGCGCCUCCUCGGCUUCUCCCAGUAGCUGGGGAAUUUGCACCGAGCGAAGCGGACAGGGUGCCGGCCGAGCGGCACCUCGGCCGGUUUGGAGGGAAAGAGAGGAGCCGUCCUGGGACGGGACGCCGCCGUGUUGGGCUACCUUUGAAAAACUGGAUUGACUUGGCCCCGGAUUGAGCCGCAGCUUCCCCGACGUCGCCCGGCCCCUCGGCCUGAUCGAAGGUCGGCUUCCUCCGCUUCUCGUUGCUCGCGGAGGCGGCGCUCUCGUCUGGGCGGCUGUCGAACACCUUUCCCCCGCUGGGAGCAAGGCAGAGACCGGGCGGACUUGAGUUUUAAAGGGAACUUUUUGCUACCUUCGCCUUUCCCUGAAGGGCGCGGGGCGGAGAGCCUCGACGGCAGAGGAGCGGAGGCCAAGACGACGGUGCGAGGAUCGCCCCCCGCCCGCGAGGAGGAGGAGGAGGAGGGUGGGGGAGGCAACUUCGGAUCCGGCCCCGCAGCCACCAUUGAUUUCCUGCGGGUGGCUCGCAGCGACGGGCUGGGCGCUGCUGCCGCCGCCGCCGCCGCCGCUGCCGCUGCGGGCAUGGCCAAGCCGGCGGACCACGUGAAGCGGCCCAUGAACGCCUUCAUGGUCUGGUCGCGGGCGCAGCGGCGCAAGAUGGCCCAGGAGAACCCCAAGAUGCACAACUCGGAGAUCUCCAAGCGGCUGGGCGCCGAGUGGAAGCUGCUGAGCGAGGCCGAGAAGCGGCCCUUCAUCGACGAGGCCAAGCGCCUGCGGGCCAUGCACAUGAAGGAGCACCCGGACUACAAGUACCGGCCGCGGAGGAAACCCAAGACGCUCCUCAAGAAGGACAAGUUCGCCUUCCCGGUGGUCUCCUACGGCUUGUCCGACGUCGGCGACCCCCACGUCCACCCCCUCGGGCCGCAUCACCCGGCGCUCAAAGCCGGCGCCCUCCACGGCCACGAAGCCCUCCUGUCCAACCCGGAGAAAGCCGCCGCCGCCGCUGCGGCCGCCCGCGUUUUCUUUCCUCCCUCCGCCGCGGCGGCUGCAGCAGCCGCCGCAGCCGCUGCUGCGGGCAGCCCUUACUCGCUGCUCGACCUGGGCUCAAAGAUGGCAGAGAUCUCGACCUCGGCGGGCUCCGGCGGCGGUUCAGCGGCUGGACUGCCCUACGCCGCCUCCUCGCUGGCUUACCCGACGGCUGGAGGCGCUUUCCAUGCCGCCGCAGCUGCAGCGGCCGCCGCCGCGGCCAACGGAGGCCACAGUCAUUCGCACCCGUCCCCCGGCAACCCCGGCUACAUGAUCCCCUGCAACUGCAGCGGCUGGCCCAGCCCGGGACUCCAGCCGCCCCUGGCCUACAUCCUGCUGCCUGGCAUGGGCAAACCUCAACUGGACCCUUACCCGGCGGCGGCCUACGCCGCGGCCCUAUGACAAUCAGCCCCCUGAUGAGGAGCCCGGGGCCGAGAAGAGCUGGGCGGCCCUCGCGGGGCCCGGACUGCAGGCGCAAGGAGAGAGCGCAGGCCGUCAGUCCUGCCUGGCUCCCCGCGAGAAACCCGCAGCCUGGCGCUUGGCUCGCCCUCUCUGCAGCUCCUGAGACGGGAACCCACGUCGGUGAUCUCCCGGCUUAACUCCCCGCUACGGCUGGAGGGGCCUAGAAGUCGCUGCUUCCUCGAUCUUUCCUUUCCGGGAAGAUCCCGCCUUGCCAACCGCAAGACCCGCUUCCGACGACCUUGGGUGUUGCUUUGCUUUCCGUUCCAUGACCCCCCCCCCACAUGCCCGCUUUCGUCUCCUCUCUCCUUCGCUCCCCCCGCCCCAACACACGUCCUAUCCUGACCCGCAGUUCCGAGUAUAUGCUAGCCAGGUUCCCCCCCUCUUCCCCCAGUCCCGACGUAUUCACGAGGUUUUCUUUUCAUAUCUGGAUGCUACUGAGCAAAAAGAGUUUGCAUCGCCACCCCGCCCGUACCUACAAGACAGAGAAGUUAGUAAGGGAGGCGCUUCACUCUCCCCAGAAGAGAAAACGGCUGCUCCCCUUCCUCCUGCCAUCCGCGCAUCUCACCUGAAGUUUGUAAAGUGUAUACCUGUCCGUGAGAACUUUAGUCUAAGGCUAUAUUAUUUGAAAACUCUGGGUUUGGGUUUUGGCUGUCAUCCUACGCCCACGUUGGCUCGAUGCUGCUAGGUCUGGCUGCCUUCAAAGAGACUUGCUUCCGAGCAGACGAAGGAAGGGCGGGGGGGAUAAAAUCCGUAAGGCUCACCCUCCCGUCUCAAGUCAGAUUCAGACGGCUGCGAAUCAGUCCAAACUGCGAGUCACUUUUCCCUGUUGCCAUUUGAGUUCGAGGCUUUUCUUUCCUUUUUUUUUUAAAAAAAAAAUCGGACUUCCCACUUGAGGGAAAUAAUAUAUUUAUUAUGAUGUCACUGUAUCUCAGUCCUGCGUGUUCAAGACAAAACACCUACCCCUUUUUUCCCUCUCCCUAACUCCAUCACCUUAAAAAAAAAAAAAUCCGGGUGUUCUCAUUGUGAUUGGCAGUCGCUCCGCUUGGGUGGGUGGGAGAAAUCUUUAUUUUUUUAACAAAAGCAUAAAUAUUCAGUUGCAAAUAAUGAAUUUUUUUGGAGGAGGAAUCGAGCUCAUUUUAAACAAAUUCCCUCCAUCGCAGCAAUUUUCUUUUACUUUUGUAAUGUGUAUAUUUGGAUUAAUGUUUGUGAAAUUCAACUUGCUUAAACAGUACUUAGGGAUUCUUUCUUUCAUUCUUCUUUUCUUUCUCCUUCUGUAAUAUAAAGUUUUUUGAAGAAAAGAAAAAGGUUUUUUUUAAGUAUUGGUUUUAACAUUUGACGUGUAUAAAUGAGUUUUGCUGGUGUGCUCUAAUUUAAAAUUAGACGUCUAAACUAUAUCUGUACAAUUUAGACUCCGACUUACCACUCUGUUCAUUUUGGAACAAAGAGUUUAAA